GUCUUCUUCUAAAGUUCUGCUGCCAGCUAAGGAUAUGGAAUUGGAAAAAUCAAAAAUAUUUGGACAAAUGCAAGGUCAAAAAAUACUGGAAAAGUUGGGUCAUGGAAUAGAGAAAAAUAAAUCGGCCAUGCUGCAGAAUUCAGAUCGAGUCAGCACCAAGUUUCAGACCACAGAUCAUGUUCUAAUUCAUGGAGGUCCACGACCCAGACCCAGUAUCACAAUCCACGGCUCAAGAUUUAACCCUGAUAUUAUUACGGUACGCGUUUGAACAGUAUGGUUUUGCUGCACCAACAAUUGUCCAGGCUUACAGUUGGCCAAUAGUGCGUAAAGGCCGCCAUCUCGUUAUGAUUUCACCAUCGGGUACGGGCAAAACUCUGGCUUACCUCUACCCAUUACUGGACUACCUAUCUGUGCCCGAGCGAUACAGAGAAAUUCGGAAAAAUGGAAUGGGGGCAUUUGUUAUCAUUUUGACCUUGACGUGGGAAAAUGCUGAGAAAGUCCACUACGAGAUCACCAAGCAUGAAGAGUGCAACAAGGGCCUCACCACACUACUGGUUCACGGGGGAGGAAUGGAGGAGAAGAAACUGUGUGAGCUAAUCAAUGGCUGUGACAUCCUGAUUUCCACACCCCCUUGCCUAAAGAGGAUCAUUAUGAAGAAAUGCACAAACCUGCGCAGGCUCUGUCACCUGGUCCUCGAUGACGCUGACCAGCUCCUGGAAAGGUUCCGUAAAGAAAUCUCCUUCCUCAUCGAGGACUAUAACAUGGUGAUCAGCUCUGAAAUGGAGCAGUACUCAUGUCCCAGGCAGAUACUGGCUUUCAGUUCGCACUGGAAUCACAGUAUUGAGGAAUUCAUGAAGAACGCCCUCAACGAGCCAGUACUUGUGAUUACAUCACACUCUGAGGCAGCCAUUUAUGGAAAAGUCAAACAUGUACCACAUAUGUGCCGCCAUGACAACCGACUUCAGACUGUUGUCAACAUCGUAGAGAACCUUCCUGGUGCCAACAACAGCAGCAACAGCUCUAAACAUGUUAAAGAAAAGACCAUUAUAUUUUCCUCGAGCAAAUCUGACCUUUUUCUAGUAUUCCAUGCAUUGAAGAGCCUGUCUCACUACUGCAUGAUGGUUCAUCCGGACAUGGACCUGGAUCAAGCCCUGCAGGUGGCACAGCAGACCAACCUGCCACUGUUAGUUUGCACAGACAAGUAUGUGUCCGAGAUGCGUAUCUCAGAUGCGACCUGUGUCAUCCAUUUCGACAUCCCAAACUCCAAGACUGAGUUCAGCAACAGACUGGGCUGCAUGCGAGAUUACUUCCAAGACUUCUCACGGCCUAAAAAGCACCCAGUGCAGACUGUGUCCCACCUGAUCAUAACAGAAGAAUGCCGGAACCAAGCACGAAAUCUCAACGAACUCCUGGUGAGGUCCAACAGUCCUCAAUCCAUGGAGCUUCAGGACUUCAUGGCGGGUAUCAUACAGGCACGAGAAGAGAAUGAGGGUCGAGAUCUCUGCAACCAGGUGCUUGCAUAUGGCACAUGCAGGGACAAGUGGAGGUGCAAAUUUCGCCAUAUUGUUGUACCAGAGGUGGACAUAGAACCAAACUCUGAUUGGAUACCUAAUGAAGGAGAGGUCAAGGUUCUGGUGACACACAUUAUUGACGCUAGCCACUACUAUGCACGCAUCCUGGGAGUGCGGCGUAGGGAGGGUGGCCAGCUGGAGGACAUGUCUGCCAGGUUCUCAGAUCUUCAACUCAGCCUUGGCCAGUGGUUUAGCAAACUCACCAAUCAGAAACGACACACAACUCCGUUUAUUGGAGAAGUGUGUGGCUACCAGGAAAACAACAUAUUUUUCCGGGUGCAGAUUCUGGACCUGAUGGACAUGAACUGUCACGAGAAAGGUGCUGCUACUAUGGAGGCAAAGGUUAGGUUUGUGGAUAUUGGUCGUGAGGCUGUUGUAGAAGCUUUCAAGCUGUAUGAAUUGCCAGAGCAUCUCAAGUCAGUUCCCCACCAGGCAGUGGAGGUUUUUGUUGGGAGAGUGAAGCCAGUUGAUAAGGAUAUCAAAUGGACACACACUGCUAGCAAAUUUGCCCAUGAGGAGUUGCACAGGAAGGAGCUGGAGGGAAAGAUUGUGCUGUGUGUCGGGUACCGGCUGUGGCUGGACCCCCUCGUGCUGCGAUUUAGACUCACCGAGACCCGCGUGUUUGUCAACAAAUUUGCAGUGCAUACCGCGCUCAUCAAGAAAGGACUUGCAGAUGAAAACAGAAAUCAUCUUGAGCGUUUAUUCAGACUGGUUGAGGGAAAGGUGCACAUUCCAAAGGCCCUUAUGGUGAAGACAAAGAUGAGUCAGCAGCUGUAUACCGACGUAUUGCCGGCCUGCAAGCCUACCCACCAGGUGAUCAUAUCAGCUGUACGCAGCCCCGAGCUGUUCUUUGUGCAGAGGCUGGAGAAAAUGGACGAUCUGGAGACACUGAUGACAGAGAUAGGGGACUAUGUGGAAUAUCAGGCAGAACAUGACAGUCUACAGGAGGUGACAGUGGGCAAAAUAUACCUUGCCCAGUAUACAGAGUUUGAUCAGAGGUGGUAUAGAGGCAGGGUUGUGAACGUUGAGAAUGCCUGUGUGGAAAUUUUCUUUGCUGACUAUGGAGACAGCGACACAGUCCCUCUUGACAAGAUACGUGCAAUGCCUGUCGACAAGUUCUAUGAGCUCCCAUUGCAAGCCAUUGAGUGCAAGCUUGCAAAUGUUGAGCCAAAUGGGCCUGACCCAUGGCACGAUAAGGUUGGCAAUGCAAUAUGGGAAAUGUCGCACUUUGUCAAUGAAAGAGACAGUCGCCCAUUGACAGCAAGAGUCAUUGACAGUCAGAACAGUGUAGCGGCUUAUAUGGGGGACAAGAAAUUUGCUCUCGACAUUACCUGUGGUCAAAGUAAUAUUGGCGAGGAGCUUGUGUGGAGGCAGCUUGCCAAGCCAGCACUGAACUCCACAGCAUUCCAACCAUUGCUGAGCAAGCCGUCACUUGUAUACCGGAUGUACAAGUCAAUGCUGCACAAGAUACCUGACCUCUGUUCUGCCCUCUACUGGGAGCAGCAUAUUGUCACUGACAGUAAUCUUAAGGAGCCCAGCAAGGCAAUGAAGAUAGCCGAUGAGAUAUUGGGCAUCCUUGGCAAACACCUACCAAGUCUUGCAACAAGCCAGGAACCAACUGCUGUAGAGGGAGCCAGAUUCCUAACGAAGCUCGUGGGACGAUUGGGCUGGGCCAAUGUACACAGCGUUAUACUGGACUGUGUGCUCUACUGUGUCAGGGCAGCGGACAGUUUGUGCACAGUCCUUCUGGAGGAAGGUUUGGUCAAGCUCACUGUCAGCUGCCUGGAAAUGAACUCAGAGCAGGUGUUCCAACAUCAGGCUGCAGAUUUUAUAGCAAAGGCUUGCAGCAUCUCCUCAAGACUGCGGAGCUGCUAUGUGGACAUGCACAUGGAUGUCCUGUAUGAGCUUCUCGACUCCACCUCAUGUGAACAUGUUCAGGGUGGGGUGUGUCGUGCAUUUACAAGCCUCUGCUCGGGGCCGGAUGAUCGUGCAUUUGUUUUCCUUAUGUCUCCUGGUCGUGGCACCAUUCAGAGGAUUGUGGGUAUUCUGUCGCGCUCUACUGACCACCUGGUAGCAGAGAGCGUGCUGAGUUUGAUCUCUACAUUGACAGAGAUAGAAAGCAAUGAGGAUCAGAGGAGGAAUCAUGAUGAUCUGAAGAAGGAAUCUUUAAUAGAAGCUAUUGUGAAGAAUCUACGCAUGACAGACUGUGACAAGUGUAUCCAGUACUCAGUGCAACUCUGUGACCACUUUGCAUCAAAACAUCGCAAACGAAAGAGGUUCCUGAUGGAACAAGAGAUGGUGCCCAUACUGAACGGACUUUUAGAUUUACAGCUGCAGUCGUCUACUCGACAGCUGUGUCGAGACCUCAAGACUUCCCUUGAAGUGCGUGUCCCCUCUGAGCCAAUGAGAGCUUUCAACAGACCCGAUACCCAGCCAAAACAGGCAGCAACAAACAAUGUGAUUACACCAGAAGUCAGAUGGUCCCAGAAUUCCUUUGUAGUUAGACUGGUUAUCAAAGUGAGUGAUGCUGAUGAUGGAUCCAGCGAUGUUGUUCAGUUCUCAGAUGACACAGUCACGCUCAGGGUAGCAACCAACACUGGAAACUUUGGGUUUUCAUACAAGCUGUAUGACAAGAUUUGCAUUUCGAAGUGCAAGGUGGCCGUGCGCUCACAGGAUCUACUGGUUUCCAUGACAAAAGAGAAAAAGGGCAUGUGGAGUCGACUAAUACAUGAUAAGGUUAAGAUGCCCAACGUGCUCCUGGACUGCGACAAUAUCGUUGACAGUUCUGACUCAGAGGAAUGCAAUGAGGAUGAACCUUUCAAGCUAACAAAGGGCAAGAAACAGAAGAGUUUUUCAUGUGGUCUGGCAAGGAAGACAUUGUCUAUACCAGACCCCCAGGACUCUGAGACGGACACAACUGACAGCCUAGAGAUACUGGAAGAUCACGACAGGACGGAAUAUGACUUUGAUGACAUCGCAUAUCAAAACUUGUAGAUUAUAUAUGUAGGGCUCAAAACAUAUCAAUAGGGCCUUAUUUAGUUUUUUUCCAGAAAGUAAAUACUAACUAAAACAUGUAUAUAACUGUUCAAGUGUUUCCUUUUUUCACUCAGGGAUAGUUUAUAAACUCACUAGUUAAUUAUGAGACCUAGAGUGCUACAUGUAAUAAGUCCAAUAUUGCUUAGCACUGCUUGAUAAAUGAUGCAGGAUUUGGACAUAAAGGUUUUUAUGUCCCCCACUAUAGUAGUGGGGGACAUAUUGUUUUUGCCCUGUCUGUCUGUCUGUUGGUCUGUCUGUUGGUCUGUUGGUCUGUUUGCGCCAGGACAUAUUGUUUUUGCCCCCUCUGUUGGUUUGUUUGUUGGUUUGCGUCAAACUUUAACAUUUUGAUAUAACUUUUGCAAUAUUGAAGAUAGCAACUUCAUAUUUGGCAUGCAUAUGUGUAUCUCAUGGAGCUGCACAUGUUGAGUGGUGAAAGGUCAAGGCCAUCCUUCAAGGUCAAAUAUAUGGGUCAAAACCGCUCAUUUAAUGUACACUUUUGCAGUAUUGAAAAUAGCAACAUGAUAUUUGGCAUGAAUGUUUAUCUCAUUGAGCUGCACAUUUUGAGUGGUGAAAGGUCAAGGUCUUCCUUCAAGGUCAAAGGUCAAAUAUAUAAGGGGACAUAGUGUUUCACAAACACAUCUUGUUUUAAAUAUAAAUGUUAGCAGCCAAUUAUUUUAACGCAGUUAUCUAUAAUUAUUAACCAUGUGUUCCUCCAAGCAUGGCCAGUUUGGAUCCGUAGGAAAUAAAUUUAACAAAUUUUGUAGAUAACCACUAUUUCAUGUUACAUAUUAAUAUCAUAGCUACAGACUUAGAGGUUCAAGUGAUGAUUUUGAAAAUAAGGAAGUUUUGACCAAUUGGCAAAAUUUGAACUAACUUUUUUGAGGACCACUAGAUGAUAUUAUAUACCAAAUAAGAAAAAUAUUUUUUGAAAUUUAGCUUUUGGCUGGUUUUUCUAAGCCUUUGGGUUUUCCCUUUGGUUUAAGACAAUAAGAUUUUUUCAUGGAAUGUUGAACCUCAGGGCAAUGACUGUUUUAAUCACAUGGGCACAAGGCAAACAUACUUUAUUUAGGAUCUAUGUGGACGAUUCUUUAUUUCAAAUAUUAAAGUAUUGGGCUCUGCAUUUAACGAGAAAAAGGUUUUGAAAGGCCUUCCAUAUAUCAUUCUAUGCAAAUCUUGCGAGCAACAUUCUUGGAAGGCUAAGCCAGUUUUUAUGUCCCCCACUAUAGUAGUGGGGGACAUAUUGUUUUUGCCCUGUCUGUUGGUUGGUUGGUUGGUUUGCGCCAACUUUAACAUUUUGCAAUAACUUUUGCUAUAUUGAAGAAAGCAACUUUAUAUUUGGCAUGCAUGUGUAUCUCAUGAAGCUGCACAUUUUGAGUGGUGAAAGGUCAAGGUCAUCCUUCAAGGUCAGAGGUCAAAUAUAUGUGGCCAAAAUCGCUCAUUUUAUGAAUACUUUUGCAAUAUUGAAGAUAGCAACUUGAUAUUUGGCAUGCAUGUGUAUCUCAUGGAGCUGCACAUUUUGAGUGGUGAAAGGUCAAGGUCAUCCUUCAAGGUCAGAGGUCAAAUAUAUGUGGCCCAAAUCGCUUAUUUUAUGAAUACUUUUGCAAUAUUGAAGAUAGCAACUUGAUAUUUGGCAUGCAUGUGUAUCUCAUGGAGCUGCACAUUUUUAGUGGUGAAAGGUCAAGGUCAUCCUUCAAGGUCAGAGGUCAAAUAUAUGUGGCCCAAAUCGCUUAUUUUAUGAAUACUUUUGCAAUAUUGAAGAUAGCAACUUGAUAUUUGGCAUGCAUGUGUAUCUCAUGGAGCUGCACAUUUUGAGUGGUGAAAGGUCAAGGUCAUCCUUCAAGGUCAAAUAUAUGGGUCAAAAUUGCGCAUGUAAUCUCAGUUCUGCAAUAUUAAAGCUAGCAAUUUUAUAUUUGAAAUGUGUGUGUAUCUCAAGGAGCUGCACAUUUUGAGUGGUGAAGGGUCAAGGUCAAGGUCAUCCUACAAGGUCAAACAUCAUAUAAGGGGACAUUGUGUUUCACAAACACAUCUUGUUCUCUAGGGGCAUAGUUUGAUAGUUUUGUUGCAAUCUUAAGCGGAUACAACAGUACCACACUUUACUCUCUAAUCAGUAGUGUGUAUAUUAUGAGGUCCCUCCGUGCCAUAAAGCAGCAUAAUGUGUUGACCCGGAAUGUGUGCCAGCACUUCUUCUUAAUGAACUUACUUGACUCGCCCAAGAAGGGACAAAUUUUGAAUUAUACCAUAAUUACUCUUAGUUUUCGACCACCCUGUUUUUCAGCAAAAAUAAUUUUUAUGCCCCCCGUAGGGUGGCAUAUAGAUUUGAACUGUCAGUCUGUGCGUCUGUAUGAAAAAUUUAACAGUGGCCAAAACUUUUGCAAGAUAGCAACUUAAUAUUUGGCAUGCAUGUGUAUCUCAUGGAGCUGCACAUUUUGAGUAGUGAGAGGUCAAGGUCAUCCUUCAAGGUCAAAAAACAUAAUACAAGGGAAGUAACAAGCUUUAAGGGGAGAAAAUUUCUAUUUUAUAUCAUUUGGCAGGUACAGAUCAUUUUCACAAAGGAAGUAACUUUUUUUUAUGGGAUAUAAUCCACACACAAAAAUAAUUCAAAGCGGCGCAGUAGGGGGCAUUGUGUUUCUGAAAAACACAUCUCUUGUGAUAUAUGUUUUUUUUAUUUUGUGCAUAUUGUCCAUGUGUUUAUUCUAAAAUAACUUGAGAGAAAUAAACAGACAGACAAUUAAUUGGAAAAUACAACCAGAACAUAGCUAUAAACAUUUGACCAUCUUUUAUUUAGAAUUGUCUCCAUCAGAACUUCGUGAUCUUGUAAAUAAACUUUCUGCAUGGACUUGAUCAGUUGAGUGUGUAUUGGAAUUCUAUUGUGUAAAUACAUGUAUCAUUAUUAAGUCUUUUUUCUGGAUCAAGAAGAUUCAACCAAAUUAGAAUAUUCCCAUCCAGCAGGAACUGGAUGCAGUGAAGCAUGUUGAAGUGAAAAGAUAUUGAAUAUAUGAUUUUGCAAACAGGACUUUUACCUGGUAGGAUUUUUUCAAUCAGCACUUCCACUUGGUUUUUAUGUGACAGUGUUGUCGUUGAUGCUGAUCAUGCUGAUGAGAGCAUUGAUCAAGGGUGGUUGUCAGACUAUCAUGGUAGAUAUAUGCAUUGCUAUCCCUGGAAAAUAUGCGGCAUCAAUAGCCUUAAUUCCAUAUUAAUACCACUACAGAUUAACUGUGCUCUAGGUCGAAAAGAAAGUUCAUGGGGACAAAGGUCAAGACAGAUAGAUGACCCUUAGUGAUUUUAAGGACUCUGGGAAAAGAGUCGAGACGUCCUUAACAGUUGUGGAUUUUUUAUUUGUGAAAUGUGGAAUAUGCCUAUGAAAGAUUUUAUUUCCUCAAGAUUCGGAGUUGUAUAAGUUGAAAACAGAGACAUGGAUAAAUUGCAUGUGUGUCGGUGUUUAUUUGGUAUGCCAGACCACAACAAACUGAAGGCUGAGCUACAGGCCCAGUUGAAACAGACAAACACCGUCUUAUAAAAUAAAUGGAAUUAUGGCGACGAUUUACAUCAAGUCAUGGAAGGUCGUUAUCAGUUGAGUGAAGUACCGGCGACCAAAUAUGUGCUGGAAUUUUACCGAAAAGGAUAUCGCAAGACGAAGUUCAGGUCUCAGCUGGAUAUUGAGCCGAAAUCAAGAAUUGCUUUGAACUUUGACAAUGACUUUAUGUGCCGAUUAAAGUUACUAAUUAAUUGCAGAAUACAAGUGAUUACAUCACCGUCUGCAUCAGAAGAAAAAGCCGAGUCUAUGGACCUUCAACAUGAAAAUGAAACGACACCAGAAGCCCUUGUCGUUCUUCAAACAAAAAUUGACGAGGUACUCUGUUCCACAAACAUGUCCUGGUAACAAUUGGACAUGUGACUGGCAAUGUGAAGCUGACAGAAUGCAUUGUAGUAGGAGAGAAGAAUAUCACUGAGCUCAAGUGACAGGCACUGAUGCUUUUGGCAGGAUUUGUGGAAAGCCGAUUUUUUUAAAUGUUAAUUAGUUUCAUAUAAAUUGCUUUCUUAUGCCCCAUGAUCAAAUGAUCGGGGGUAUAUGGUGUUUGGCCUGUCUGUCUGUCUGUGUGUCAUUGUAUGUGUGUGUCUGUCCCAAAACUUUAACCUUGCUCAUAAAAUGACAACUCUUUGGUCUAUAUUCUUUAAACUUCACAUGUGCAUGCAUCUAAUUGAGAUCUGCAAUCAAACAUGGUUUGAGGUCACUAGGUCAAAGGUCAAGGUCACUGUGAACUUUAUUUCUCUAAAAUAGUUGCUGUGGGAUUUCAAAGCACAGUAGGGGGCAUUGUGUUUCACAAACACAGCUCUUGUAAAAACAUGUUUCUUGUUUUUAAAUAUAUCUAAUAUGGAUUUGAGGUCAUAAGAAGCAUUUCAUUAAAAAAAUAAUGUUAUUCAUUGAAUUUAUCUCAUGAGCCAUGAUUUAAUCCUAGCAUGCUACUAAUCAAUACAGAUAAACAUUUAGGUUUAUACACCUCAUUUGUAUAUAUGUUGUGGAUUCAGUUAUAUUUGUUUUAUGUUCCUCUUUGCCUUUUUGGUUUAAAUUUGUCCUCUGAACAAUAUUCAGAUGAGAGCACAAUGGGGUUGCUUUGGUUGCUAUGAGAAUGGUCAAACAAGUUGUCUUAUCAUUACUAGCUCAGUAAUGACCUCAAAACGACAAAACAAAAUUCCAUGUCCAUCAGUUACUUUUCUUUGUUAAGGAAAGGUUGUAGUGUGAGUUUUGGCUAGUGGCAAAAACUGGUUUUAACCAAAUGCUUUGCAUUGACUGUUUCAAUGUGGGUAUCCCAUUUUUGUUUAUUUUAUGUUCAUAGUUACUGUUCUGUAUACAAGAAGUUAGUAAGAGUGCAACAUUUUCUUUAUACAGUUUCCGGAGUUUCAUUGUUUGCCCUUUUGAAUUUUUUUAAAUACAAAGUGGCAUAUAACGGUUAGACUGUCCGUCAGUCUGUCCGUCCAUCCGAAAACUUUAACCUUGCCCAUAACUUUUGCAAUAUUGAAGAUAGCAACUUGAUAUUUGGCAUGCAUGUUUAUCUCAUGGAGCUGCAUAUUUUGAGUGGAGAAAGGUCAAGGUCGUCCUACAAGGUCAAAAGUCAAAUAUAGGCUUCGAAGCGGCCCAGUAGGGGGGGGGGCAUUGUGUUUCUGACAAACGAAUCUCUUGUUGUAUAAUUGUAUUAACCACUGUAUACAGUACCUGUUGCGUUUAUUAAUUGACAUAAAGAUAUAUGUGUAUCUAUAAUUAUGGUUUAAUAAAAUGUUCCUGCACA